AUGGAAUGGUCGAUGGUUUCUCGGCCGGACGUGGGACGUUGUUUCCCGGCUCGGACAGAACCAUCGGCCGUGGUACGCGAGAUAGGUUACGCGGCCGCGAGGCUUUGUUUCCCGGCUCGCGCGGCAUGGUCGUGCGCGGCGAGGCGUGGACGGUCGUGGCGUGGCCGACUGCGGGUCUUAGUUUCCCGGGUCGUGAUGCAUGAUCGGCCGAACGGUUUUGAACUUUGGCCGAGACUUCAGAUGGACGGACGCAAUUUUGGCCGAGAGCGGAACAUGCGUUCCUCGGCCGGCCGUUCUGCGCGGUUUGGGCGCCGAUUCUCGAUAGAUCGGCUUUGGACAGUCUUCGCUGUUUUGGCUAUAAGUCCUUUUCUACUCAUCCAAAUGAGGCCGUUCCAGUUGCGUUGGAAAGUUAACUCAAUCAGAGCACGCAGGGAACUAGUCUUGAUGAAAUCCAUUGAGUAG